AUGGACGUCAACAUCACCAAAGCCCUCAAUGACAAGCUCUACGACAAGCGCAAGAGCGGCGCGCUCGAGCUCGAGGGCCUCAUCCGGGACGCUCUCGCCGCCCAGGACCACGACAGGAUAGCCCGCAUCGUGCACCAGCUCUGCCACGAGUACGCCUAUGCGGUCCACCAGCCCCACGCCCGCAACGGCGGUCUCAUCGGACUCGCGGCUGCCUCGAUAGCCCUGGGCCCAGAAGUCGCCCGCUAUCUCGAGGAGAUCGUGCCCCCCGUCCUGGCCUGCUUCGGCGACCAAGAUGCGCGUGUCAGGUACUAUGCGUGCGAGAGCAUGUACAACAUCGCAAAGGUGGCCAAGGGCGAGAUACUCGUCUACUUCAACCACGUCUUUGACGCGCUCUGCAAGAUGGCUGCAGAUUCGGAGCUCUCUGUCAAGAACGGGGCAGAACUAUUGGAUCGCCUGAUCAAAGACAUCGUCUCAGAGUCAGCCGCCAGCUACGUCUCUGUGCUACACGACACACCCGAUCAGGACGACCCCGAAGACGAACCCCACCCCUUCGCCUUCAACCUCGAACGCUUCCUGCCCCUCCUCGAAGAGCGCAUCAACGUCCUGAACCCCUUCACGCGCUCUUUCCUCGUGGCAUGGAUCACCCUGCUCGACUCCAUACCCGAUCUCGAGCUCAUCGCCCACCUCCCGCGCUUCCUCGGCGGCCUCUUCAAGUUUCUGAGCGACAGCAACCAAGAUGUAUACACCAUGACCCAGCAGGCGCUAGACCGAUUUCUUGCUGAGAUCAAGAAGAUUGCACGCAUCAAGAAGGGUAUAGCCGACAGCAAAGGGGGCAACGAGAAACUAGAACGCAGGCACUCUGUGGGUAGCAUCCAUAGUGGAAGCGAAGCGACAGACAGCACGCCCCUCGAGCUCGACAACUCCAUCGACGAGAAGGGCGAUGCAAGUGGAGAGAGUGCCUCUGUUUCCGGCGACAGCGGAAGGUCUGUCAACGGAGACGGAAACUGGAUACCUGGUCAGGAUGUGCACGUCGACCAUCCUAAGAUUCUUGAGAUCCUAGUCGACUUUUUGGUUCCCCCACCAGAUACGGAAGAAGAGCAGACUGAGAUACUGCUGACAGCACUCCGCUGGAUCGACAACUUCUUCGACAUAUGCCCAGAAGACAUUAUGCCGUUCGUCCCAAGUCUCUUGUCCCACGUCCUGCCACGAAUGUCACAUGAGGUCGACACCGUUCGCAAGGCUGCAGUCAAGGUCAACGCUUCGUUGAUGGAUUAUAUCCUGUCAUUGUCUGAUGACAACCGCCCCCGCGACGGUGCUGCAGGUGGACAAAUUCAGCUACCUCCUUCCCUAUCUGAGCUAGGCAAAGAGCUCACUGGAACACAACGGCGGGAUUCUAAUCUAUCUGGCCGACUGCUCAAGGCAGUCAUUCGAGAUCAAGCCAACAAGGCUGAAUCGCCCGAUGGCAAGGGCACACGCUCCCCCACACCAGCAGAAGAAAGAGGCACAUCGCCGCGUCCGAUACCAGAGCUUGACUACCAAGCUGCUGUUAGUGCUCUAACCCUGCAGUUUCUAAAUGAACACGAGGCCACUCGCGUUGCGGCCAUAGCAUGGCUGAUAAUGCUGCACAGGAUGGCACCUGGCAGAAUACUGACAGUGGACGACGGUACCUUUCCUGCUCUGCUCAAGACCCUUUCCGAUCCUUCGGAUGCUGUGGUCACGCGUGACCUGCUGCUUUUGUCACAAAUAUCCCUGCACAGCGACGACACGUACUUUACUUCCUUCAUGGUCAAUCUCCUGAAGCUGUUCUGUACGGACCGCCGACUUCUUGAGACCCGUGGCAAUCUCAUCAUUAGGCAGCUCUGCAUAACGCUGAGCGCAGAGCGCAUAUAUCGCACCAUGGCUGAUUGUCUUGCAAAAGACGAGGAUGUCGAAUUUGCUAGCAUCAUGGUCCAGAAUCUCAACAACAAUUUGAUCACUGCACCGGAGCUCGCCGAUUUACGAAGACGACUCAGGAAUCUAGACAAUAAGGACGGUCAAUCAUUCUUCGUUAUUUUGUUCAAAGCGUGGUGCAACAACGCCGUGGCCACCUUCUCAUUGUGUCUUCUUGCCCAAGCUUAUGAGCAAGCAUACCACUUGCUCCAGGUUUUUGCGGAUCUUGAGAUGACAGUCAACAUGCUCAUACAAAUCGACAAGCUCGUUCAGCUCUUAGAAUCUCCCGUCUUCACAUACCUCCGAAUGCAGCUUCUCGAGCCGGAACGGUACCCGCAUCUCUACAAGUGCAUGUACGGUCUGCUCAUGCUACUGCCUCAAUCAUCGGCUUUUGCAGCGCUUAAGAACCGCCUCAACAGCGUCUCGGCCAUCGGCUACCUGCACAUUGCGCCGCAACGCAGCAGCUCGACCAGUAGUAGCAGCGGUAUCCCGUCGUCUGGGGGACCCAGUGCUUCAACAUUCGAACGCCCAGGCCGCUUGAAACCCAGAGAUGGUCUGGGCGGGCCGGAAGCGGGUGGCAGCGUGAAGUGGACAGAGUUGCUGGAGAGAUUUAAGCAGACGCAGGAAAAAGCCAGGCGUAGUCAGCGGAUGGCUAGCAUGGGCGAGGAGGAAGAGGUGCAGGAGAAGAUGGGACCAACUGCCCCCACGCCACCUAUACCACCCAAACCUGCAGGACUGAGGCCUGGCAGCCCGGCGGGCGCCAUGAGGCCACCUCCCGCGCCUGUGCCGCCAGGUCCAGCACAGGGGCAUAAGCCCAGAUCCAGUCUCAGCAACCUGGGGCGAUUUGCUGGGGGUGUAGCCGGAAGACGAAAGGACAAGAAGUAA